AUGACCCCGGCGCGUGCCCCCCUCCCCCCUUCCCAGAACGCCCCGCCGUUUCUCAAGCUCCCCCCAGGGCCCAUGUGGAAAAGCAACGCAGGAAAAUUCUGUUUCUGCCUUUCCACGUCCCUCUUGCCUAUGAAUGCCUGGUUGACACCUCACACAACACUACACACCGACACCCCGAUAUCUCGCUCGCUCGCUCCCUCACACACGCGGCUCCCUCAUUUCUCACACACACCCAGACAAUAUUAA